AUGACCUCAGUUCGAGGCGCUGUCAGCAAGGUCUCCAGUAGCAUUGCUGGCUAUGUGUACCCGCGCAACUACAACGUCGUUGAGCGACACUCUCGCGACCAGCAAACCGGCAAUAUUGGCACGAAGCGCAUCAAACUAGAACUCGCCGACGACUUCCUCGAUGACACCAUGGCUGCACAGCAGUCCCGGGUUGUUCACUUGGCUACGCCCAACCCCAACCUCGUGUGGGUAGACGAGUCCACAAGAGUCGCUCAUUGGCAUCAGGUAGCCCCGCUUGUCCGAGCACUUCGAAGCAUCAGUCGCCGGAUUGAAAAGGGCAUGUUGGGUUCCAGAGACAGCUCUCCUGCCUCUCGAGGGGACGAGGAUGCCCGCUCGCAGCGUAUCCAUACCCUCGGGGCCUACGUCACCGUUUUCCAGCAGACGGCGUUCGUCCUGGAGACCGUUUAUUCUCACACAUUCUUGGCGAAGCUGAAGGACACAUUCAAAUCCCCCCAGUCGAUCAUGGAUUAUGACGUGAACCCGGACGAGUUUCUGGCCAUCACGGCGGCCCAGAAAUUUGUGGAUGACUUCCCCAACGAGUGCUCCCCUGUCCUGGCUGAGUCCGGCGUCACUCAGCGGGUUCUCAGGGGCAUUGGUGCGGACCUGGACGCUCUUGCUAACCGGAGGCCAAUGCCCAGCCUUGUGCAGCGGGCCGGGCUGGUCGGCAAGGUUAUCAAGUUCUUUCGGGGGGGCGACAGCUUCGGUGUGGAGACUCCUGAUGAUUCCGUCUCCAAGCCGGCCGCUGAAAUGCCCGGCAGUUUUCCCGACGCGCAGGUGAAGAACGAGUCCAUGGCCGAAGAGGCUAAGUCCGCGAGAGACGCUCCUGAGUAUCGUCAAGUCACCAAACCCAACUACUUGCCACCCGCCAGAACCACUGACGCGUAUACCUUUGUUCGGGAGCAUCUGGCCGAGAUCGCAACCAAACGACGAGCUGCCUUCAAGGAUGGGCUCACUGAUACGGACCCUGGGGACCUGCUCCCCAGACCGAGCCCCAGAUCCAUCUUCAAGAAGGAUAACCAGUCUCCCGUUGUGUUGAAGCGCCUCCAGAAGGCGAGGGGCUUGAAGAAGGUUCAGUUUUCGCCAUCGGCGAAGGUGUCGACUUCCUCGUCAUCGAAACCGGUAGGCUUCUUGAAUAAACUGUUCGGCUCGCCGCUUCGGCAGGUCACGGAUGACAGCUCCCUCAGUGGUGCGCAAACCGAUGGCUCACCCGAGAGCCGUAGCCCUGCGAGGCCAGGGCGCCUUGCGGGCACCGGGCAGGACACGGACAACACAUCGGAGGAUAGUGACGGGGAGUCCCUUGCGUCGAUAUGCCAGCCCCGCCUCGUGCAGCAUCUUAAUAAAUCCCUGAGAGGCCUCGAAGCCAAGGGCUUCUUCGUCAAGGAUGAGCCGCGGGACGCGUCGUCCUGUCCCCCAAGCCCCCCAACCCUCGCAGGUCUGAACAUCUCUGACGAUAAAGAAGAGGAGCUUGAGGACCUCUCACUCGCUCUUCAGCUGCUUCUCGAUGUGGAUGAGGCACGCCGGAGAGAAGAGGAGGAAAGAAAGGCCAAGGAGGCCGAGGAGGAGAAGCUACGCAAGACCGACGGGCUCCGCGUUCCUCGAAGGCGUAUGAUCACCUCGCUACCGACGGACUGGUUCCAGAAGGUGACGGCUUCGUUGCAAGCCCACCCUUCCAAGACGCUCGCCACCACUGCCGAAAGCGUCGAACUCAGAAAACACGACUUCGCCAAGGUGGUCCCGGAGACUGAGUGGCUCAAUGACGAGAUCGUUAAUGGUUCACUCCAGUGGCUCGACCGCUACGUCAACGCGGCCGCAGGCGCCACGGACAUCAAAUCGCCAAACCGGGUCUGCCUGGUCAUGGGAUCCUUCUUCUACAAGAGACUGGAGGACAACGGCGUGCAAAACACCGAACGAGCACUUCGCCGAUAUGGUGUGACCAAGGCCAAUUUCCUCAAGCUGGAAACAAUCCUCAUGCCCAUCUGCAGAAACAACCAUUGGACCUUGCUCGUUGUCCGGCCGCAGAAGCGGACCGUGUCGCAUAUGGACUCCUUCAACCCAAGAGGGUCGGCCGUCCACACCAACAGAGCCCUGGCCUGGAUCGAGGCAUUCUUGGGCAGCGAUUACGAGGCGAGCGAGUGGAGGACGGUCUGUCACGAAGCCCCGCUGCAGAGGAACGGUUACGACUGCGGUGUUUUCACCAUCACGAAUGGAAUGUGUGUGGCCCUCGGUCUCAACGCCAUCGACACUUACACUGGCGAGGACCUACCACUGCAGCGUCUUAGAAUUGCGGGCAUGCUGCUGAACAAGGGCUUCAGCGGAGAAUUCGAUCUCAGUGGCCUGUGA